AUGGCAAUACCCAGAGCAGCAGACUUACCACGUCCUCUUCCGGCAGUCAAAGUGACCGUUGUGUUCAGAGUCUUUUCCGCAAUGGAAUCAAUAAACCGCAGAAUGGCCUCGGCUUGGUUCAGCGUCUUGGCCAAACUCACUAGCGAACCAGCAGGCUGGGUAUCCUCAAGGCUCGACUUCAACUCCACCAGCUCCUGUUCUUUUUCGGAAAGCUCCUCGUCGUCUUUUGGAGGCAGUCUCUUCACGUGUCUUCCACCAGAGACCGGCAGGACGUUCAGUUCGUCGUCCAGAACCAAACAGUUCUUACAGUCGGAAAGAGACAGCAAGAAUCUCUCGUUGAAUCUGGCAACAACGUCGUUAUGUGCUUCGGUUCUGUAUCUAGAGUGGAUAUCCAUGGUCACAGUGUACAAUUGUUUCAAAGAAGACAUCGAUUUCAAGAGCAUCACAACAAGUCCUCCACCCUCGACGGUUUCGAUCGUUCUUGCCAUCAAGUUAGGAGUAAGUCCUUCGAAAUCCUGCAAAAUGCACAUUCCAUAG